AUGAUCGAUCCCGACCCAGCCCCCACCAAUGCCAUCGUCAUCUCAGCAGGAGCAAUGGGCUCCGCAAUAGCCAAACGCCUCGUCCAGUCCGGAUGCACAGUCUACACCAACCUCGACAACCGCUCCCCCGCAGCCCACCAACGCGCCCUCGACGCAGGGAUGAUAAACCUCCCCUUCGAAACCCUCCUCUCCAAAUCAAACUUCAUACUAAGCAUCGUGCCUCCAGGAGAAGCAUUCGCGUUCGCGCAAAAGAUUCGUAAUACACUCGGCGCCCAUUUUAAUUCCGCCCUUCCCCUGCGCGCUUUUGUCGACUGUAACGCUGUGAACCCCGAAACGGUGAAACGCAUCGGGGGACUGUUUAGUGGGACCUCUGUGGGAUUCAUCGAUGCGGGGAUCGUAGGGACACCGCCGAGAGAAGGAUGGGAUCCCACUUUUUACGCCUGUUCGGAACCAGGAGCACGAGACGUGUUGGAGGAGUUUGCUGCGCUGUCCCAGUACGAACUUGAAGUAUCGUUGCUGAAAAGCGAAGGUGCUGCAAUAGCAAGUUCUUUGAAGCUCUGCGAAUCUAUGAUGAAGAAAGACUCUGUAGGCCUCUUCAUGACGAUGAUGCAGAGUGAGUCCUGCUCUCCACCCCAAAUUCCCACCCCAGCCGCCCACCGCCCCUCACCAGCAACAGCCAGCGCCCUAAUGAAAGACCUGAGCAUCUCCCAACCAGCCUUAAUGCCCAGACUCAUCCCAACAAUCUCGGAAGGAAUUCCCAAAGCCUACCGAUCCGUAGCGAAUCAAAAUAAAGAAGCAACCCAGCGCCAUCCGCAUGAUAAUGAUAUCUGUGACGCACCCAUUUCUGCCACCAUGUAG